AUGAGCUGCAAUAUUCAAUAUCCUUCAAGAGCGGGCGGUUCCAACAUACCAAGAAGACCCACGGUUCCAGGACCGCAAAAGGCACGUCCUCCAACAGGCAUACCCAGAAAACCCAAAGUAUGGAGACCCAAAAAAAUUCCCCAUCGGGGUUCUACAAGUAUUCCAAGACCUACAGCACAAAGUUCGUUUAUACCUCGGGCAGAAAAUUUAGCAGACAGUGUUAUGGAAGAGGUUGGAGAAGGUGAAGUUUGGAAUGAGGCUAGUGCAGUGUCUAUGGAGGACUUCCAAGAGGCUUCCGGUAUUGGACAAGAAACCGGCGAUAGUUCUUUGGGCAUAUUAAAUGCUUCGCAAAUGCAAGAUUCCUUCGAAUGCCCUUGCGAUGACGACUCUUUAGGUAUUUUGCACGAUUCCCAAUACGAAGAUGAUUCAUUAGGGGGGAUUGCACACGACUAUUACGAGGAUAGUUCUUUAGGGAUUUUGCAUGAUUCCCAUUAUGACGAUAGUUCUUUGGGAAUUUUGAACGAGUCGCAAAUGCAAGACAUUUCAAUGUUAGCGGAAAGUCCUAGUAAUAUCAGCGUCUAUGAUGCUGAAGAAUUGAACGGAACCACGGCUCCGAGAAAUAAUGAUUGGGACGUUCCUAGGAAUCGGUUAUGGCAAAAUCUGGCGGCCGUUCUGGACGAAACUGAAAUGAUCGAGGAAGAGGAUUUCGACAGUUUCAUAGCAAAUCUGCAGAACGAAAGACGAAGAAUAUUAAAUGACAGUUUUUGA